AUGGGCAACACUUCGAGCUCUGCCGUGCAGAAGUGCCUCGAGAGCGCUUUGGGCAGCAAAGAUCUAGUGGCCUUCAAAAAUGCGCCAUUUUUCCAGAUAACAGACGUUAAGCCGUAUAAUCUUGGUAUACCGGUUACGCCUGCCGCAGUGACCUACCCGAAGACAACGGAGCACAUCUCUGCGAUUGUCAAAUGCGCCGUCGACAACAACUUAAAAGUACAGCCGCGGUGCGGUGGACAUUCGUACGCGAACUAUGGUAUCGGUGGCCAAGACAAUACCAUAGUAGUCGAUAUGAAGAACUUCCAGCAAUUCUCUAUGGAUGAAUCAACAUGGCAAGCUACAAUUGGUGGCGGCACGCUCCUCAAGGACGUUACAAAACGCCUUCAUGAGAACGGUAAACGCGCGAUGGCCCACGGCACCUGUCCGCAAGUCGGUAUCGGCGGCCACGCAACCAUCGGAGGCCUCGGUCCAUCGUCUCGACUCUGGGGUUCGGCUCUAGACCAUGUUGAGGAGGUCGAAGUAGUGUUGGCGAACUCCACUGUUGUACGUGCAAAUGAGAAGGAGAACAAGGACAUCCUGUUUGCAGUAAAGGGCGCAGCAGCUGGUUUCGGCAUUGUUACCGAAUUCAAAGUGCGCACACAAGCCGAGCCCGACAAAACAGUUCUCUACUCUUACAAUUUCCACGGCGGCGAUACAAAGUCGAAGGCCGACGCCUUAAAACAGUGGCAGAAACUCAUCUCCGAUCCUGAGCUGUCCCGGAAGUUCGCAUCCCAGUUCAUUCUUACACAGCCGCUCGGCGCCAUAGUGACCGGAACCUUUUUCGGAAGCCAGCAAGAGUUUGAUAGUUUGAACAUCACCGCACGGCUUCCAAACUCCUCUAAGAAAGAUGCAAUCGAGAUCAAAGACUGGUUAGGUGUCGUGGGGCACUGGGCAGAAGACAUUGCGCUAGAACUCGUGGGUGGAGUCCAGAGUAAUUUUUAUGCCAAGAGCCUGGCGUAUACAGAGAAGGACAUUCUCCCCGACGACGCUGUGGACAAGUUGUUCGAGUACAUCGAUAAAGCGGAUAAAGGGGGCGCAGUAUGGUUUGUCAUCUGGGACCUGGAGGGAGGAGCGAUUAAUGAUGUCGCUCCCGAUGCAACAGCUUAUGGACAUCGCAAUGCCUUAUUUUACCACCAAGCGUAUGCUGUCAACCUGCUUGGCAAGGUCAAUGAAAAGACGCGCAAUUUCCUCACCGGCAUCAACAAAGCUAUUACUGAUGCAUUGCCAAAUCACGAGCAGGGCGCCUAUGCAGGAUAUGUCGAUCCUGCGCUCGGAGAAAACAGCGCGUCUCUCUACUGGGGAGGUAAUGUGGAGCGAUUACAGAACAUCAAAGCGGCCAUCGAUCCCCAAGAUAUUUUCAGCAACCCGCAGAGCAUACGUCCGGCUAAGAAGUCAGCAAAGAUGGUGUAG